AUGAUCACGAGACCCUUGAUAAGAAGUGCAGGACCUGGCGCUUUAAGGCGCUUGAGCACCUGUAUCACUGGGAUUGGAAACCCUGAGCCUCAGUAUGCUUUCAGUCGCCACAAUGCCGGUCUUUUGAUGUUAGACUUGCUUAAAGAUCAGCUUUCAAAUUCGCCAAAACCAUAUAUGCCUUGUAAUGCCAGCAAGAAGGUGAAAAGAUGCCAGUUGGGCGAGCUGAUGUUUCUUCGAGUUGACGGUGACUAUAUAAAUCUGAGCGGAAAGACGGUUGUCCCUCUAUGGAACAAGUUAGGAUCAGAUGUCAGACAUAUAGUGGUUCAUGAUGAGCUGAGCCUUCCUCUAGGUAAGAUACAGUUGCGGAAACCGGGAACUAGUGUAAGAGGCCAUAAUGGGCUGAAGGACAUUACGAAGCGAUUUGGGGAUGGUUUUUAUAGAUUGGCAGUUGGAGUUGGGAGACCCAAUGAAAGAGACUCGGAGACUGUGGCUCGAUAUGUGCUGUCGAAGUUUCCGAAAGAAGAGAUGGCAAUAAUCGCUACUCAGAGUUUACCUACCGCCUUAAACCACAUAGAGACGCUAUUAAAGUGA